AUGGGAGCCUUAGGGCAGCUAGACGCUGGGUGCAGGGAGCUGGAUGAGGAGCAGCAAAGCCGCAUUGCAAUCAGAUUUGCCCAUUGCCACCUCCAGCGGUGAGUCCAGAUACCUGGGUCUUGGGGGAUGGGCUGGUGACAGCCAGUGUAAUAGAGUGAUCACUAGAGUGUUGUCCUAGGACACAAGUUCCCAGCUGUUUUUGGACAACAACUCCCUUCAUCCCUAGCUAGCAGGACCAGUGGUCAGGGAUGAUUGGAAGUGUCGUCCAAAAACAGCUGGAAACGCCAGUUUUGGAAACCCCACCCUAGAACUUGAGGUAUCAGGAAGCAGAUCCUCACCCUGCCACUAGGGAAAUUUGGCUAGCCAAAGCCUCUCAGCUUAACCUACUUCAACAAACUCACCCAGCCCAACCUGUUGCAGCCUGGAACUGCACAAUGCGCAGCUGAUUUGUGUACUGAAUGGGGCACAGCUGUGGGCAGCCUGAGGAAGCCCCAUCGACAUUGGUGUCUGUCCGUCAACCCUAGUAGGACAGUCUAGGGUGAUGUCUGCAGGCUCCACAAACCCUCUGUGGUGUGGGAUUUGAGGGGUGAUCUGUGAGUUUGUUUGGGCCCUGAGUGAGAGCAGGGUGGAGCUCAGAAUUGGAAGAAGUGUUGGGUGGGGAAGGAUUUCAGCAUUUACAGCAGUAUUUUAUUUUUAGUAAUUUGUAUUAAUGGCUUUUAUUAGGGGGGUUUUUGUAACAUUUGUAGUUCUUAACAUUUUCAGUAGCUCAUUGGAGGUGACAGUGGAAGAGAGACAUUGCUUGAACCUAAAGCAGGGGUUGGCAAGGUUUAUCUUGCCUGGGCCGGAUCGGUCCUGCGGAGAUCCCUCCGUGGGCCGGAUCACACCCGCGCCCGUGAUUUUUGGUGUCUGCGCGUGUGCAGACAUGAUUUCCGGCACCGGGGAAGCGAGUUCCCGUGCUGCGCCGCGCCAGUUUAGCACACCUUGCGAGCAGGCAGCGCGACUUGGGGGCUGGUCAAACGACCUCCGCGGGCCACUUCCCAUGGGCCUUAGGUUGCUGAUCCCUGACCUAAAGCUUCUUGAAGGAGGAGCUUUUCCCUUUCCUUUUGCUCACACCCACAAUAUACAUUUAAAGUGCAUCUAUAUCACUUUGACAGUCCUGACUACCCUGAAAGAAUCUGGAGAAGUGUAGUCCCCCCCCCCCCGCCCCCAGAACUACAGUUCCCAGCACCCUUACAAAACUACUGUUCCUUGUGGGAUUCUUUGUGGGAAGCCAUAUGCUUUCAAUGUAUGGUGUGGAUCUUGCUUUUGUUUUGUCUGGGAUGUCAAGUCAACAUAAUUCAAGGCUGGCUGUACUGGUUCUCAUUGUUUUAUCUGACCAGUAACUUCAGCUUAUUCUGUGUCUUCUCCUGGGCAGGUCUGGGAGGAAGUUCCCCCCCUGUGAGCCUAGCAGCUCCAUCCUUGGUUGCACACAGGACAUGGACCCAGUGGCCUUUGGGGUGUACACAGAGUUCUUCACCCAUGCUCAAAGCAUCUGUUAUUUCCUGCACAAUGAGGCCUGGCAACAACGAGCCCAAGAUACCAUGCACAGGUAAGGAAAAUGGGGCUCUUUCUUCCUCUAGAGAGCAACUAGCCUGGAAGGGUAAUUCUAGCUCAUGCUUUGCAUGCAGAAGUUCCCAGUUUCAGUCUCCAGGGAAGGCUGGGAAUAUCCCAUGCAGUGGUACCUUGGGUUAAGAACUUAAUUUGUGCUGGAGGGCCGUUCUUAACCUGAAACUGUUCUUAACCUGAGGUACCACUUUAGCUAAUGGGGCCUCCCACUGCUGCCGCUGCGCAAUUUCUGUUCUCAUCCUGGAGCAAAGUUCUUAACCCAAGGUACUAUUUCUGGGUUAGCGGAGUCUGUAACCUGAAGUGUUUGUAACCCAAGGUACCACUGUAUAAGGCAAGUUCCUAUGAAACAGCAUGGGAGGGCAGAGAGAAUUAAGGCCUGGUGAGAGCCUUUUGGAACCACUAAGCAUGUUAGUGGGGUUUCCCUUGACUACUUCUAGGCACUUGUAUGGGAAGGUCCACAUAGCAUAAUUUGCAUGCAGUCCUUUGAUCUUCCAGUGGUGGUUGAUGCCCUCUGGGCCUAGUGAAGCACCAGAAGAGCAACUAAUAAUAGGUUGAGUUCAGUAGGUGGAAUCAGAGAUCACAGCUGGCAGAGCCAACUAACUGGUUUUCUCACUAUCCUCUUCCCUUAGAAAGAUGCUAAUCCUAUGCAUGCUUAUACUGUACCUCUGAUCUCAGUGCACUAAGCAGACCUACACAGGAUUACUCUCUCUCUCUCUCUCUCUCUGUCUCUCUCUCUGAAUCAAUAUCAUUCAGUGCACUUCCUGAGUGUGACUAUCUUUAGGAUGGAUUCAAUCACAUACCGGCAAACUCAGAUUGCAUAACUAUAGUUGAUUGGGAGGUAUUGCACUGCAAACUCACCUCCCCAAAAGAUUGGGCUUUUUGUGAGAUACAAAGGGGUGGGAAAGUGCACAGCGAAGCAUGGGAUAAGACUUGCUUUGAUGUCUUGUCAUUUAACCUCCUGCAAACAAAUCAGGAUGAAAGCUCAAUAACAGCUCCUUUGGAGGCAUCCCCAGACAUCAAGGAAGAAGAUGGAAAGGAAGAGUGAGGAAACCGAUGAAAAGAGAGUGGGUCAAGUGGGGGUUUUGGGGGGGACUUUUCCAGAUGCCCAUAGCAAAAAAAAAAAUCUCCUCCUACCCCUUCCUUUUUAAAACCACACUGCAGUCUCAACAGGUAAAGAUGCCCAUUUGUAUUCAUCCAAUCAGCACCAGCACUCAUGCAAGAGGACAAUGUGUAGGGAGUUUCCUGCUCUUUCUGCUUGCUUCUUUCAUUGCUCAGCAGCAGAGAGGAGGAGAGCCAGGAGAAGCUUCAGUGUUGGGGGCCCUAACUGGAGCAUUGGCAGCUGCCUGACCCUACCACUAUCCCUGGACUGACAACCAGGAUAGGAGGGGAAGGAGGUUGGGUGGAGGUCUUUGGUAUGUCUAAUUUUGUUCUCUUCCCAACCCUUUGUUAGGGCAAAGAAGUUGCCAAUUCUCAGUAUGAAUGAAGUGCUCUUUCCUGUCUGCUCCCUCCUCAAAGACAGCUCCUUGACUAGCAGCUGGGCUGGACAGCAGGCAAGCUAAGCGUUGGGUUUCCAUCUGAGCCACUGGAACUGGCAGCACCAAAAAGUAGGGCACUUGUUCUACAUGGGGAGAGCUACCCCAGAGUGACACUCUUAAUUCCAGCAUUUCCCAGAGCAGACUAGCUUCAGUGUGACAGGAUAGUCUAAUUUGGGAAGCGUGGACCAUCAGAUCCGCUUAACAUCAACAUUUGUCUGGUUGACACUUGGUGGAAAUCUAGAACAAGCGACUUGGAGCAGGGAGGGGAAGAGCAAAGCCGUGUGCUGUAUUUUGACUUUUCCCCUAGGGAGUAAUUGCAGCUCACCAAAAUAAGGAAGCACAAAGCAGGGCUGGGGAACCUGUGGCCCUCCCUACACCCUUGGAUGCCAACUCCCACCAUCCCCAGCCAGCAGAACCCAUGGUCAGUGAAGGAUGGGAGCUGCAGUCCAGCAACUUAUGGGGCACAGGUUCCCCGCCACUGGUAUAAUGGAUGCUGCCUGCAUAUGACAGUUCCUGCUUCCUUAAGUUGCCCAAAAUAUUGUGGUUGUGGCAUUGAAGCCCUCUGGGCUUGCCCAAAAAGACGCAAGUAUAUUUUUGGGUUUUUAUAACGUGGGGGGUGGGGAGGUGUGAUGGACUUGGAACCUGUAUGGUUGGCCAACACAGUAAGGUGCAGGCACUAUAGGGAACCUAUUGUGUGGUAUCUGGAAGUGAAAACUAGGGUCUGUGCACCCUAACCCUCCAUUGUAACCUAAAAAUAAAGUAACUAGCCCUUGAAGGGCUGGCAGGUUAGAAGUUGUAACUUCCAGGUGGCCUUGAACCCUUUUAAUCUCCUUUCUGAAAUUAAUGUUCUGAUCCUAUGCAUGCUUAACUAGACAUUAAGUCGUACUGAGUUCAGUGGGUCUUAUUCCCAAGUCAGAGCGCAUAGAGUUGCAGCCAGAUUCCUUCAAGGGAUGUAAUGACUUCACCCAAGGAGGCUGCCCGCGGAGCAGAAUAUCUGGGCUUCAGCACCUUCCUGGCGCAGUGGAUAUGCUGUGGGGUUAAGGUGUUCCUGGUCAUAAUGAAUUGGUUCCUGCCAUCUCUGCCCGUUCCAGGCUGACGUCCUCUUCAGAGACUGUGGCCCACCAGCUGGAAUCCACCCAUCAGCUUGCUGGAGAGAUCGCCCGGGCACAGGAUGCCACCUUGCGUUCUCAGGAGCAGAUCCUGCAAGAUGGGGAGCUGCUACAUCAGAUGCUGCGUGACUCUUCCCAAGGUAGGCUGGGAGUUGGGUGGUUGGGUAGGGAUUAUGGUCUCAGAAACAAACAAAGCUGCAUUUUAAAAUGAAAAGUUGUUGUACAACAAUGUGCCAUGGCCCUGAAGACACUGUUGAACUACAGCUCACAUCCUCCCUGACUGUUGGUCAUGCUGGAUGAGGGUGAUGGGAGCUGGAGUCCAGCAGCAUAAGGAGGGGCUUCCAGAGUCCUAUGCUAGAUUAUUUGAGUUCUCAUCCUUCUCCUUGGCCAUGUCCAGAAAGUGGUGUUGGGGGAUGAGGAAUUGUAUUUAUAGAAAUAUUGUAAAAUUAAUGAAUGUUAGAAAAAUGUUGGAAUGAAGUUACAUGGCUUUAGUAGAAAUGUUAUAAGGAAUUAAGUAUAAAUAGAUUAAUAGAGUAUUAAAGGAAAAAUAAGGUUAGAAUGAGUUAAGAUAAUUAUAGGAUAGAAAACAGAGGUAGAUGGAAAGGAAUUGCUGAAAUAAUUAACAGAAGUGGAAUACGAAAAGGGAGGUGUGAGGAGGUCGAGGAAAUAAGUGAAUGAAAGAUGGGAUAAUGAAAUUUGAUUUAUUUUAUUGUUGUUGCAUUGUUUUGUUAGUUUAAUGUAUUGUAUUGUAUUGUAUGUGGUUUUUUUUUUCUUUUAGUGUUUAAACUUUUUGGAAAAGUAAUAAAUAUUAUUUAAAAAAAAAAAAAGAGGGUGAUGGGAAUUGGAGUCUAGCAGCAUGGGGAGGGACUUCCAGAGUCCUAUGCUAGAUUAUUUGCGUUCUCAUCCUUCUCCUGGGCCGUGUCCAGAAAGUGGUGUUGGAGGAUGAGUGUUCAGGCCCCUGGGCUCUCACUUAUGGGGUGCCUCAGGGUUCUGUCCUCUCCCCCAUGCUUUUCAACAUCUACAUGAAGCCUCUGGGAGAGAUCAUCAGGGGGUUUGGCCUGGGUGUUCAUCAGUAUGCGGAUGAUACCCAGCUCUACCUCUCUUUCAAAUCAGAACCAGUGAGGGCAGUGAAGGUCCUGUGUGAGUGUCUAGAGGCAGUUGGAGGAUGGAUGGUGGCUAACAGAUUGAGGUUGAAUCCCGACAAGACAGAAGUACUGUUCUUGGGGGACAGGGGGUGGGCAGGUGUGGUCCUGAAUGGGGUAACUGUGCCCCUGAAGGACCAGGAGUCAUUUUGGACUCUCAGCUGUCCAUGGAGGCGCAGGUCAAUUCUGUGUCCAGGGCAGCUGUUUACCAGCUUCAUCUAGUACGCAGGCUGAGACCCUAUCUGCCCAUGGACUGUCUCGCCAGAGUGGUGCAUGCUCUAGUUAUCUUCCGCUUGGACUACUGCAACGUGCUCUACAUGGGGCUACCUUUGAAGGUGCUCGGAAACUGCAAUUAAUCCAGAAUGUGGCAGCUAGACUUGUGACUGGGAGUGGCCGCUGAGACCAUAUAACACUGGUCCUGAGAGUCCUACAUUGGCUCCCAGUACGUUUCGAGCACAAUUCAAAGUGUUGGUGCUGACCUUUAAAGCCCUGAACGGCCUCGGUCCUAUAUACCUGAAGGAGCGUCUCCACUCCCAUCGUCCAGCUGAGGUCCAGCGUAGAGGGUCUUCUGGCGAUUCCUUCACUGCGAGAAGUGAGGUUACAGGGAACCAUUCGGAGGGCCUUCUCGGUGGUGGCGCACGCCCUGUGGAACGCCUUCCCAUCAGAUGUCAAGGAAAUAAGCAACUAUCUUCACUUUUAAAAGACAUCUGAAGGCAGCCCUGUUUAGGGAAGUUUUUAAUGUUUAAUGCUGUAUUGUGUUUUUAAUAUUCGGUUGGGAGCCGCCCUGAGUUAUACCCCAGAUGGGCAGGGUAUAAAUAUAUUAUUAUUAUUAUUAUUAUUAUUAUUAUUAUUGCAUUACACAGACAUCCCUGCCCUAGUACCCCCUUUUCCUGAAACAGAACACAUUCCCCAGUGCUGCACUAGUAUUAAAAACAAAACCCUCCUUUCAUAUAUGCAGAUACUGGGGGAAUUAUCUCAGGGGUUGGGAACCUUUCUCCCCUCAUGCUAACCUUUGUGGGGCCACAUACCAGGGGUGGAUGAGGCCAGAAUCAAAAGUGGGCAAAGCAAAGGAUGCAGGUCUUACCUUUGUACAGUAAUGUGUACUGCAGCCAUAACUGAGAAAAUCCAUUUGGAGGGUGCCAAAUUUUGGCCUCACACAGGGCAUUAUACAGUGGUACCUCGGGUUAAGUACUUAAUUUGUUCUGGAGGUCCAUACUUAACCUGAAACUGUUCUUAACCUGAAGCACCACUUUAGCUAUUGGGGCCUCCCACUGCCGCCAUGCCACUGCUGCACGAUUUCUGUUCUCACCCUGAAGCAAAUAUCCUGAAGCUAAAUAUGUUAAGAUAACUUAAUUGGAAAAACUUGCAAAUACCAGAUAGGCUUAGGAUUUAAAUAUGUAAUGUUAGAGAAUAAUAUGUUUAAAGAUAAAAUGGAAAGAAAGAAAGAUGUUAAGUGAUUAAAUUAAUUUUAUGAGAAAAUUGGUUUUGGAAAAUUGUUACAAUGAUAUACACUGAAACUCAGCCAUGGGGAUUCGAGGAAGUCACUCAGCAAUGUUAUUAAGAUUGGAUUAAGUACAGUUAAGAUAUAUGUUUGUUUGUUUGUUUGUUUGUUUGUUUAAAUUUUGUUGGAAAAUUCAUAAUUUUUUCUUUUGGAAAAGAACAAAGUUCUUAACCCGAGGUACUAUUUCUGGGUUAGCAGAGUCUGUAACCUGAAGCGUCUGUAACCCAAGGUACCACUGUAUUACGAAAGAUUACCAAAGAUCACCUGACAACACACUGCCUCUGCCUCUGGUAGUACUGUAAAAUGUGAGAGAGUUUCUUUUCAGAGUUGCAGCAAGCAGGAGAAAGAAGUGAUACUUUAAAAUAAAUACAUAUCUGCAUGCCCUAUGCUCUGUAUCAUCUGUGUGGGACAAAACAUAUGGCUUACAGAGGGGAGAUAAUAAGUGGAACAAAUGGAAAUGGGAUGCUUACGUUCUGUUUCCACCUAGUUUCUGGUUUUAGCUGGGAGAGGAAUGUGGAUGGCACCUUGCUGGCUUGCCUCUCUCCUCUGCAGGGGUGCGCCAGGCCUUCCAAGAACUGCAGGAUUCGGCUUUUGAGCAGCGAGUAGCCUUUGCUGAGAUCUUCAACCGGGUUACAUUUCUGCACCGCUUUGUCGUUGGGGAAUCCAGCGCUCUCUACUCGGUCUUCUUCCAUCUCCUAAGUGGGGCUGCCAGCCUGGUGCUGACCUCUAGCCAACGGACUGCAGGAGCACGGUAAGGAAAUGGGUGUGGAUGGAAGAUGCAAAAGAUCCCCCUGGCGGACAGACACUCCAGUCUGAUCAAAACACGGAGGCUGGCUUGAGAGAUGGGAUGGGAGGAUUUCCGGCAGGGCUGCUGCGUACCUCAUUUUUUAAACAGCCCUCUUAUUCCAGGCAUUGGCCACCUUAUUAGGACUAUGGGCACAUCUGGAAAUCCAAGAAGCUGCCAUUGGCAACAUACCCCCCUAAAACACACAUAUUCUUCUCAGUGCUAUUUUUCUAGAAAAAGAGGUGCCGGAAUUCAGCAUGUUCUCUUAGAAUGGCAAUGGUGCCCACCUGAGAGGUGCUGGAACUGAGUUCGGGUGAUUUCUGGCUGAAAAAAAGGUCCUGAUUCUUCCGUUCUCCCAGCAAUUAGGUGUAAGAAAGGUGUUUUCACUUUUCCAAGCCCAGUAUUUUUAGCAAGGGGAGGAGAGUUGAUCCUCCCCCAGGAAUAUCACUCCUCUCCCCCAAUGCCCUUCCCAAUUAACUUUGAAAAAAGCUUUUGAUUGCUGCCAGUGCAAGGCUUCUUGCAUGCCUACUUGCUGCAGUCCAGGUGGGUGUGUUUGGUGGGUGGGGCCACAGCCAGGGAGGGGACGGCAAACCUCUUUCCAGCUGUGACCAACAAGAGUUGGCUUUUUUCAAGACUAAUUGCAGUAGAGGAAGGAGCAGGAUGAACCCCUGGCGAUCCCUUAUUCUACUUGAAGGUCCACUUUAAAGAUCAAGAACCUGGGGGGCCACUAGGGGGUGCAUUGGAAGAUGGCCGACAAUACCAUCUCUCCGACCCACACGGGGUAAUUAAGAGGCUGUUAUGGGAAGGCAGCCUCCCUUGUUGCCCCAAGGAAAUGGGGAACACUGCCCUUGCCUGCUGUGCCCAUAAAUCACUCCCUAAUUCGAAAGAAUGGGGUGAGGGCCCUAGGCAGAAUGCCCCCCGUGUGGACCUCGGCUCUCCUGGACACUGUCUCUGAUCGCGCACUAGUUGCAGCAAUUUGGAAUAAUUAAUUACAAAAGAAGCAAAUGCAUAUAUUUCAAGUGAAGAAGGGGAGUGAAGUCUGCUAAUUUAACUGACCUCUGCGAAAGAAGACGACGGGCUGGAGAAACAGGAAUAUUUUACGAUGAAGAUACACCUACAAGAACCCCUCCUCAUUAGAACCGUCGGUUGAACUGACCCAAGCAGGAUGAUUAAGGUCUGUGUGGAGAUAAACUUUAACCAAAAGUAUGCUUUAUGGAGACCGAGAAGCAAUAAGAGCUUUUGGGAAUGGCGCAGCAAUUAAUUUGGAGUCGCCAUCUUGCCAAAGGAUUUAUAGCCGGGAGGAAGAACGGAUUUGUUUUCAGACUGCAUUCCUAGUGAAUCUCCUCAGAGGUUUUGAGAAAGAAGGCAGAUUGGUGAAGAUUAAUGAUGCUAAGACUGUUUUGAUGUAUGGAAGUGAUGUUAUAUGGAAAACGUCUGGAUAUGGCUACUGGAUAAAAAAAAUAAUAUCCACGCAGGAUUACAAACUGUUCUAACCAGCUUGCGGAGACUAUCAGAGGUCACAAAGAGAAAGGAAAAAUAUAUGAAAAUAACAACAAGAGAUGUGGAAAAACAAGAAGAAAGGACUGGAUAGUACUGUGAGCAUCAUAAGGUUAGAUUUGUGGACAUUAAAACAGCAGUAAGAAGCAAGAAGUUGAUUGGAUCCCUUCGGAACUUGAAAUAUGGGUACCCCCAACAAAAAUUUAAAAUUCGGCUGUGUAAUUUGGAAUUUAUGUAAUUUGGUUUGAUUUGAUGUGAUUGGUCGGUUAAUAAAAAAUUAUUCUUAAAAAAAAAAAUAAAGAUCAAGAACCUUAAGAAUGGAGAGCAGGAUGGGGCCUUGAAGUCCCCAAUAAACAGUUAGCAAUUCGAUGGAGACUGAGAAGGCACACAGGUCAGUGUUGCCCACUAUGGUGAGAUGUGCUCCUUUUGUUUGUGAUGCAUUUUUGGUCGCCAGCAUAGAUUCAAGACCCAGUCGAGGAGGGAUGGGGAGCCUGUGGCCCUGCAUAUGUUGUUAGAUCACAUCAUCCCCAACUUGCAUGGGUGGUGGUCAUGGAUGAUGGAAGCUGGAGUCUGGCAUCAUCUGGAGAGCCACAGGUUCUGUUAAGUGGUGGGCGAACAUAUCCGACGACACAGCGAUUCUUCCAAAGCAGCUCUUUAUUUUGUAAGCUGGAACAGAACUAGGCUGAGGAGCUCAGUCAGCCUGCUUAUAUAGAGCUCCAGAACAAUGCAACUGUUGCCAUUUUCUAAAUCUAUCCAAUCACUGAACGUCACUUUUCGAUCCUUCAUUUGCAUAACUAUCUACAGUAUCCCCCUGCUGGCCCAGGGUGAGAACUUCACUACAUAACAGGUUCAGGAACGCUGGCCCUACUGUGCAGAACACAGAUUUCUGUUUUCCUGAAAUUUCUUGCCUGGCCCACAGUGGUUCAGCAGUUAAGUAGCUCUAGCUCUUAGUAAAAGCCCAUGAUUCUAAAUACAUUCUUGCAAGACCAAUAAAUUAUGCAUAGAUAAACACUGCAAGAUUCUGUUUCUAAUAUUUAGGUGUUUAGAGUUUUGUGUGGGUGGCAGCGGGUGAGGGGGAAAGACAGCAUGUACCACUGUACUUUGCACACCUAAACUGUCCAUUGUCCCUAGCAUAGGAGCCAACUCUUAGGGGCUGAGGUCCUUUCGUCCUCCCCAAUAAAUUAUUUUACUGGGCUGCCCCCGCAAGUUGAUGGGCAUUGCCAUUCAAAUGGUGUGCAUGUCCCAUGUCUUGUGAUCAGUUAUGUGGGGUGGGGCUUACCUGCUCCAGCCCCCCAUAGUUUAUUCAAGUUUGCACCCCUGGUCCCAUAAGCCUGGUUUCCCAUUUCCAAACUUAUUUCCCCACAAUAAGUGCUAGAAACAAGCUGCCUUUAAAAAGAAAGCUAAGGCUCUCAGAAGGCAAAGAUUGGGCCCUGGGUACCAGAUAGCAGUCCCUGCUUGGGCACAAGCCAGGGACCUGGUGAAGCUUAGGGUUUCAUUGGGGGGAAACGGCUUAGUUAGAGGAAAGGGCAAAUCACGUUUUCUUGGGAUUGCCAUUUGACUUAGAGCUAAAGAGUGGGUUUUCUCUUGGAAAAGAAAACCCACUUGGCCCCGUGCUUGCUAGGCAUGAGACGAGCAGAAGUGUGGGCAAGCCCUUAAAAUGCCCACCUCCUCUUUUUUUUUUUUAAUAACUUUAUUGAAUAAUACAAUCAAAUUUCCAAACACAUCUGCAAAAACACAAUUAUUUACAUACUUGGCAUACGAAAACCGCAAAAAAAGAUAAAAAGAAAGAAGAAACGAAAAGAGAAAAGAAAGAAAAAGAAAAGAAAAAAGAAAGCUACUUUCCAUAAACAACAAUACCAAAUUUAUACUUACACACAUUGUAAAAUGCAAAUCUUAAUUAAAAUAUUUUUAAAAGACUUCCACCGCCUAAACCACACGUCUUUUGUUAUUUGCCGUAUUUUUCGCUCUUUCGUUUCACCAGACCAUAAGACGCACCUAGUUUUUGGAGGAGGAAAACAAGGAAAAAAAUAUUCUGAAUCUCAGAAGCCAGAACAAGAGGGAUCGCUGUGCAGCGAAAGCAGCGAUCCCUCUUGCUGUUCUGGCUUCUGGGAUAGCUGCGCAGCCUGCAUUCGCUCCAUGAGACGCGCACACAUUUCCCCUUACUUUUUAGGAGGGAAAAAGUGAGUCUUAUAGAGCAAAAAAUACACUAGUUCACCUUUACCUCUGUUCUUUACUUCCAUCCCUUAAGAUCCCUUAAGAUCUUCCGUAAUUCACUAAAUUCUUUACAUUCUUUAAGAUCCGCACAAGGUUAGUCUAAACACAACCAAAUUUUCUUAGUUGAGCCCUGUUUAUGUAAGUAUUCAUUUAAACAAUCCCACUCUUUCUGUACCAUGUUUUUAGGUUUUCUCCUUAUUAAGUCCGUCAAUUUAGCUAACUCCAGGUACUCACAUAGUUUAUUUAGCCAUUCUCUUUUUGUUGGUAUAUUAUUUCCUUUCCAGUAGCUGGCUAUCAAUAUUCUUGCUGCUGUCCUAAAGCACUUCCUUCUCUUAAUGCCCCCCCUUUCUGUCUCCAGGUUUCCUCUGCUGACAUUGGUGGGAGCAAACAUUUACCUAGAGCGUGUCAUCUGCAGCCUUCUGAUGGAUGAAGGGGACGGGGGCCAGGACUUGACGGUACGGCCUCUUCCUGCACUAAUGGAAUCUGAGUUGGAGUGUGGGGCAGGGGAGGGAGCAGGGCAAGGUGCAUCUCCCCAAACAAGCUGCCCCUGGAGUGACAAUUUGAUGCUGAUUUCUUGUGAGGCCCCGUCUCGCCCUUCAAGCGUAGGUGGCUUGAUGGGAGCCUCGGCCCCCCCCCUUUCCCCACGGCACUGUGGUGUCACCCUCACACUUGUCACGGGAAGACGUCCGCACUGGAGGUGGACGGGGAGGGGAAAUCUCUCUCUGCCACCUUCCUGGCUUGUCAAGCUUUGCCAGGUAGUGUUUUGCAGGCACUUUCAAGCAUCUAUUUCAAUGCCGUAAGAUCUAAAAACUGGCUUUUCAUUUCAUUUUUAUUUUUAAAUAAAAACUAUCCCUCCCUCCCUGACCCCUGCUGCACGUGACACAUUUGCCAAACAGAGCGGGAGAUAAACAACCAUGGUAUUUAUUUUAUAUUUAUUUAAUGCAUUUAUGUCCCACCUUCUUCCUCCAAGGAUCUCAAGGUGGUGUACAUGGUUCUCCCCACUCCUCGUUCAUUCGCUGUAACAACCCUGUGAGGUAGGCUAGGCAAAGAGGCAGUGAAUAGCCCCCAAAGUCACCAAGUAAGCUGCUUGGCUGAGUGAGGAUUUGAACCCUGAUCUCCCAUCGCGCUCCCCACUGCACCAAUGACUUGAAAGACUGGAGUACUGACCCAACAGAGAGCUUGCAGCGUUUCAGGCCAACAAUUAUUACACUGGCACUACCAAUGUUCCUGAAAACUGGCAGGUUUGUGAACACCAGGUGCUGAGCAGAAACUUUUUCCAGGGCAUCUGGAUAGUACUAUCCAUCCGCAAUGGUUACAAAAGGAAUGGGAAACAUGGUGCUACCUAGAUGCUUUUAGAUGCCCAGCCUCCCUCAUCCCCAGCCAGUGGGGCCCCAAUGGCCAGGAGCGAUGGGAGUUUUAAUCCAGCAAUAUCUGGGACAACUGAUGUUUGUCCAUUCUUGUCUUAUGGGGACUGAAAAGCCAGGCCCCAGGCACACCAUACUUUUAUUUUAUUUUAUAUUUUAUUUUACUUUACUUUACUUUUAUUUUUUAUUUUUUUAUUUUUGGUCCUGGGCAGGUGACACUCUCUUGGCUAAUCUAUGUCACACUGCUGUUGUGAGGUUAAAACACCCCUUCUGAGCUCUUCUGAAAAACAAGGAUACAAAUAUUGAUUGCACACUGAUGACAAGUUACAUUUUGGACACUUGGCCCAUGGGGGAGAUAAAGAUUUGGCCCUUGGACUGGAUCCUAUUUCCCCAAGUCUGUUUCUCAAGUUACAUUUCUCAAACCAUAAGAGCUAGAAUUAAAACAAUAUACAGUGGUACCUCAGGAUGCAAACGGGAUCCGUUCCUGAGCCCCGUUCGCAUCCUGAAUAGAACGUAAGACGUGACGGCACGUCUGCGCAUGUCGCGUUUUGCCGCUUCUGCGCUCCGUUACUUCUGGGUUCUUAUGUAGGGUGGGUAGACAAAGGCAUGUUGCCCCACCUCCGAAUCUGGCCUGGCUGUGUCCCCUUGACCCGGUCCAGGUGCUAAUAUAUUAUCUACCAAAUGCUGGCAGUCCCACUGAAUUGCACCCCUCCUGCCUCUCACCUUGUUCUUUCAGGUUGCUGCUAAUGGAUUUUAAACCACUGUAGUUAGAACAAAACAAAAAUAAGCAAGAGGGAUGGAGGAGGAGGAAGAGGGAGUUGGGAGGACAGAUCGCAACUCUGUUGGUCCCUCUGCUGCAGGGCUACAGUCCAACAACAAGACUUUGCCCCCAGCCAAAUCUACUUUCAGGCUGAAAAUUGUCCUGUUAUCUCUAUGAGCAAUAAUAGUCCUGAGGUUAAUAUGCUCACUGAUCAUGUGAGGAGGAAGCGAGGUGAGGAGGAAGGGCCUGAGGUUCCCCACACACUAAUUGUUGUUUGCAUUCCUGAAAGAUGCCCGAGAUACAUGAAUCACCAACUCUGUCGUAAAACCUGUAUAAUAAGGCUGCCGUCCAAUUAACAGCAGCCCAGUUCGUAUCUUUCUUUUUCUCAGCAAUCCGGCAACACUACCGGCCUGUCUUUUAAGAAACCUCUUAAAAGUUUUGGGUUGGUUUUUUUUAAGAACUUCUCUGGUGAUGAAAAGCGUUUUGUUUAGCAUAUCCUUAAAUCCAUUCUCCAUCCCACCUUAUCCGGUUUUCCUGAAGGUGGAAGCUAGACGUGACCACAGUUGGCCAUCCCUACCCCUGCGCUGCCCUGUGCUUGCAUUCCAGGGGUGGGGCUGUUGUAAAUUCCUAGGUCCCUGUAGUUGUUUUGCUGCCACUGCCAACCAAAUCUGCAUUAAAUGGGACUAUAGAGGAGUGGCUGCAUGUUGCAGUUUAAAUAAGGAGAGGGAAUUCUUAAAGCUGUAUAUCUGGCUGGAUCAGUGGAAGGCAGCCUGUGAUGAUGGUGAGCUGAGCAAGUGCAGCAGAGGACAGGGCCAAGGGCUGUGUAUGUUCUGGGCGUGUGCUGUUUUUGUUAUUCUUUAAAAAAAAUAAUCUAAAUUCAGCACCAAGGUGACCCACAUUUUCCACCAAGAAAAACUGGAUUUUGCAACCUGUGUAAAUUAUGCAGAUUAAGCAGCCUUAAAUAACCAUAUUUUUUGUUAAGUACUACCUUGCUAAGUAGGAUCAAGGCUAGACUGGCAGGCAAGAUGCUUUGGGGAACUCACAAAUGUAGGUUCCAUUUUGCUUGGGGCUGGGCAACCUGUCACCCUCCAGAUGCUCUUGAACUAAAACACCCAUAAUUCCUCACUAUUGACUGCGCCAGCUGCGGCUGAUGGGAGUUGGGGUCCCAACAUCACCUGAGGGCCACAAGUUAAGCCACCCGUGAAUCUAGCUCAUGUGCCUAAUUAUUGCUAAAAGUAACUCAUGCUAUUAGCAACCAGUGAAUUUUACAAGUUAGUUAUUAUUUACUUAAAUUUUAAUUUUCCAGCUGAUGCUUGAAAUAAUGUAGGUCAGGUUUCUACCCCUUAUAACUACUAAAAAGCACAGCAACCCUGUCCUCUUUUACAUUGACUCACCAGGAUGAGGACCAGGCCUGACCCAUGACAUUUUGCCUCGUGGGGCAAAGGACAAGCUGGCAUUUCCACCGCCCUCCAUUUUACCAGAGUUGACUGGGCUGGCCGUAGACUCUUACUGCAACACUGCAGGACCGUGUCUACCAAACACCGUACCUGAGGGCAUCAGGCCACGUGGCUGUCACAGCAUUGCUCCACAACACCCUCCUGCCACACUGCCUGCCCCCAACACCUGUUGCUUGAGGCAAGGGAGGCAGCUGCCUCACUCCCCCUAAGGUUAGGGCCGGUUCUGAUGAAGCUGGCUGAUGAGAAUGCCCCAGAACUGGAAAGGUACUUUGGGAAGGCUGAUGUUUUAGGCAGAACUCAAGGAUUGUGUUCCUUCUUACACUAUAUGACGAUCUGUGUGUCUUUGGUUGCAUUGACUUGUCUCUCUUCACUUUAGGAGAGAAUCUCCUUCUGGGUGGGCCUAUCCCGUCGAGGUUUUGCUGGUCUGGGCUUCGCUGUGGUGACUUAUUUUAUCUGGAUCUACAAAGACCCAGCCAAACAGAACCAAGAGGUACUGCAAAGUCUACAGCAGACCCGGACAGAGAUCCAGAGGCUUCUGCAAGAAACAGGUAGGGUGGUUUUAGGAGAGGGCUCUCUGGGAAAUUAGCAACCAAGCCAAACAAAUGCAUAUUCUUGCUAGUCAGCAUGAAAGGGGGCUAAGUCCACAGAGCUGUAUUGCUGAUAGGCAGACACUCAGACCAGAGAAAUACAAUUGGUAGAGAGGGCUUUGUGUGAUGUCAUUUCCCCUCCUCUCCUGGAAAGGAAGAAGCAUAUAGUAUCGUACUUCCUGUUCCUCUCUCUCUUAUUGGAUGUGGACAUGCCUCUGCUGGCUCCAGCAUAAGGUGUAUUCCUAAAGUGGGUAUACAGUAAAUAUAAUAAUUUUGCCUGCAUAGUUUUUAUUGCUGCCUUUGCUGUGAACCAAUGCAUGAUCAUAAAGUAAGUACAAGUUAUUUUAAAACUUGCUUUACAAGUUCUUACCUGAUUCUUUGCUAAGUGGUUUAAGAAGGGGGGUGCCAGCUUCCUUCAUAGCUGGAGUUGCUCAAAACAAGGCAUUACAGCCUAAUUCCUAUGCUUUCAAUUUUGCUGCCAAGAGUGGGAUUUUGAAACUCUGUUCAACCCACACAUGUGGGUGCCUGGAGGGAUAAAUGGCAAUGAAUAUAUCCUCUCCCAGCCAUUAAAAUCCAUCCCGUAGGCCCUCCUAUCAGCACUGAAUUCCCUCGCAUAAGACCUGGAGAGGGCAUGUGAGGCUUUCCUUACCACAGGCAUGUCCAAAGUCAGUUUCAGGGGCCUAAUCCAGCCUGCCAGUCAGUUCAAUCCAGCCCCUGUGGCAGCUUAUUUUCUGGAGUAAAAUCUCCAACAACUUCAACCCUAAAAAAGCUGAACAAUUUCAACCCCCAAAAAGCUCAACAACUUUGGUCGGCCCUCACAGCGCUUCACUUCAUCAAAUCUGGCCCUCUUUGAAAAAAGUUUGGACAGCAGUGCCUUAGCAGAUGGGAGCUAAGAAAAGGGCAGAAGCUGUUACUGGGACCCCAGGCCAACCUGGCCUGACUCUGUUCCUCCUGAGUGUGCACUGACGUUCCCAGUGACUGAUUCCUCCCCAUCUCAAGGAGUCUGGGUGCUCACGCGACGAACAUUUUUCCAUUUUGAAAGGGAACCUAUGCAUGUACACAACUCAUUGCAAAUAGCAGGUGUGGGGGUGGCUGGAGAACAGAGUGCUGCAGUUGCCUAGCAACCAUCACAGAGCAUCCCCCCAUGUCCUCUUCCCCCUUGCCUCGCAAAAGUGCUGAGUCAGGGUCUCAAGGUCCAGCAACAGCAAGGUUGCCUCUCUAGAAGUGACCAGGAAAUGGGCUGUGAAGAAAGUAGAGCAAGUCUGGGUGGAUUAUGUAUGGGUUACCCUCUAGUAGCCUUUCCUAAACUCCACGUUGCCUUCGGAUCAGUUAUAGAAGAAGAGUUUGGAUUUGAUAUCCCGCUUUAUCACUACCCUGAGGAGUCUCAAAGCGGCUCACAAUCUCCUUUCCCUUCCUCCCCCACAACAAACACUCUGUGAGGUGAGUGAGACGGAGAGACUUCAGAGAAGUGUGACUACCCCCAAGGUCACCUAGCAGCUGCAUGUGGAGGAGCAGGGAAUCGGUUUACCAGAUUACGAGUCCACUGCUCUUCACCACUACACCACACUGUUGAGCCUCAUUGUUCCCUUAGUGAUGUAGCAUAUUUUGACCCAGGAGCCUCUUGGCUUGCAGCUUCCUUUUACACUUGCACUCCACAGACCUUGGAGGUUUUCUGCUCAGCUUGUGUGUGAUCUCUGCUUGCAGAGAGGCUACUGCCGAAACCAGAGCUCCUGCUUCUGGACUCCGAGGUCAAUGCAGAGAACAAGGAAUUCACGGACUCAGGAUUCCCAAAGCUGCUGCCCUGCUCACAGCACAGAACUGCAACGGAAGUAAAGGAACGCAGGGCUGACCAGAAGAAAAGUGAGUGACUUACAGUCAUACCUUGGGUUACAGAUGCUUCAGGUUGCGUUUUUCGGGUUACAGACGUGCCAAAACCAGAAGUACAGGUUACUUCCGGGUUUCGGCAGUCGCGCAUGCACAGAAGCGCUAAAUCAUGCUUUGCGCAUGCGCAAAAGCGUCAAUUUGCAACCUGCGUGUGCACAGACCCAGCACUGCGGGUUGCAAACACUGCGAGUUGCAAAUGUACCUCCCGUACAUUUGCAUUAUGUUCGCAACCCGAGCGUCCACUGUAUUAGGAAGGAACUGGAAGGUGGCAGGUGGAGAGCUGGUGUGCUGGGGCAAGGGGAGGCUGAAGCACUGGUCUUGAAGCAGAAAAAACUUUCUUUAAAAUUCCAACAUCCCAGUGAGGCUCACUGGGUGGUCUUGAGCCAAAUUCUCUCUUUUUCUCUCUCAGCCUAACCUACCUUGUAGGAGGUUGAAGCAGCAUUUAGGAGGCAGAACAGACCACAAACACAAUUGUGUUGAAAGCUGUCUCUUACUGCUGCUGUGCUUCUGAGGUGGGGAACCUAGGGGUCUCCAGGUGGUGCAGUACUCCAGCUCCCAUUGGCCAUGCUGCCUGGGGCUACUGGAAAUUGGAGUCUAGUAACAUCCGGAGGCCCACAGGUUAAUGUAAUCCUGCCCCUGACGAAUGAAACCACCAGGAAAAGGGCCUUUCCAAUAGUGGCCCCCAGUUAUGGAACAGCUUUUCCAGAGAGAAUUCACCUAGUACCAUUCCCAUGGUCUUUUCAGUACCAGGCAAAGACCUAUCUGUUCAGCCAGACUGUUCCAAUAAUAAUAAUAAUAAUAAUAAUAAUAAUAAUAAUAAUAAUUUUUAUUUAUAACCCGCCCUCCCCAGCCGAAGCCGGGCUCAGGGCGGCUAACAACACUAAAAUAGUGCAACAUUAUAAAAACAUUAUAAAUUAAUUAAAAUCAAAAUUGAUGGCAACCAUAACUAAAGUCCUAUAAAGAUUGCCAAAGGAGGGAGUCAGGCUGCGCCCCGACCAAAGGCCUGGCGGAACAGCUCUGUCUUGCAGGCCCUGCGGAAAGAUGUCAAGUCCUGCAGGGCCCUUGUCUCUUGUGACAGAGCGUUCCACCAGGUUGGAGCCGCAGCCGAAAAAGCCCUGGCUCUAGUUGAGGCCAGCCUAACCUCUCCGUGGCCUGGGACCUUCAAGAUGUUUUUAUUUGAAGACCGUAAGUUCCUCUGUGGGGCAUACCAGGAGAGGCGGUCCCGUAGGUACGAGGGUCCUAGGCCGUAUAGGGCUUUGAAGGUUAAAACCAGCACCUUAAACCUGAUCCUGUACUCCACCGGGAGCCAGUGCAGCUGGUAUAGCACCGGAUUAAUGUGAUCUCGCAGCGAAGACCCCGUAAGGAGUCUCGCUGCGGCAUUCUGCACCCGCUGGAGUUUCUGGGUCAGUCUCAAGGGCAGCCCCACAUAGAGCGAGUUACAAUAAUCCAGUCUGGAGGUGACCGUCACAUGGAUCACAGUGGCUAGGUCAGGGCGAGAGAGGUAAGGAGCCAACUGCUUAGCUUGGCGGAGAUGAAAAAAUGCCGCCUUUGUUAUAGCUGCAAUCUGCGCCUCCAUGGAGAGGGAGGUAUUGAAGAUUACACCCAAACUCUUAACGGACGGUGCUGGCACUAAUUGCACCCCCGCAAGAGAUGGGAGUUGCCCCCUCAAUCCCAUAUCGUCCCGUCCCAGCCAGAGGACCUCUGUCUUCGAAGGAUUUAACUUCAACCGGCUCCCACGUAACCAUCCAGCCACAGCUUCCAAGCAUCUGAUCAGUGUGUCUGGGGCCGAGUCAGGAUGGCCAUCCAUCAACAGAUAGAGUUGGGUGUCAUCAGCAUACUGGUGGCAGCCCAGCCCAAAACUCCGGACAAGCUGGGCGAGGGGGUGCAUAAAGAUGUUAAAAAGCAUCGGGGAGAGUAUCGCACCCUGAGGCACUCCACACACCAAGGAGUGGCAGGAUGACAAUUCCCCCCCCAAGUGCCACCCUCUGUCCCCGACCAGAGAGAAACGAGCGCAGCCAUUGAAGGACUGUGCCCUGGAUCCCCACAUCGGCAAGGCGGUGGUCCAGGAGUUUGUGAUCGACCAUGUCGAAGGCUGCUGACAGGUCUAGAAGAAUCAGCAGCUCCGACCCGCUUCGAUCCAGCUGCCUGCGGAGAUCAUCUGUUAGGGCGACCAGAGCCAUCUCGGUCCCAUGACCAGCGCGGAAGCCGGACUGGAAUGGAUCCAGAGCCGAUGUUUCAUCCAGAAACCUACCAAGCUGUUCAGCAACCGCUCUCUCAAUCACCUUACCCAGGAAUGGAAGAUUCGAAACCGGGCGGUAAUUGGAUAGAUCUAAGGGAUCUAAUGAUGUUUUCUUUAAAAGCGGGCGCACCACUGCCUCCUUCAGUUCCCCUGGGAAUGUCCCGGUGCCAAGGGACAAAUUGAUGAUACCCCCCAGGGGGGCCCGCACCUCGUCUGGACACGCUCUAAUCAGCCAGGACGGGCACGGGUCAAGAGGACAGGUGGUGGGCUUUCCAGCUCGGAGGAGUCUGUCCACAUCGGCUGGGGAUAUCCGGUCAAAGUGGUCCAAUACUGGACCCGAGGACAGUCGAGGGGCCUCCAGUUCCUUUAUUGUAUCCAAAUUGGCAGGGAGGUCAUGGCAGAGCAACAGGACCUUCUCCGCAAAAAAAGCUCGCAAAUGCCUCACAGCUGUGUGUCAAAUUGUUAUUUAAAUUUGGCUGUCCUUCGAGGGACGUUAAAGACCGAAUUAUACUAAAUAAUUGCGCCGGGUGAGAGCUAGCGGAUGCAAUGGAGGCCGAGAAGUAGGACUUCUUAGCGGCCUUCACUGCCAUCUCGUAGGUUUUCAUAAAAGCCCUAUAAGAUGUUCUUGAGGCUCCGUCACGGGCACCCCGCCAUACUCGCUGUAGUCGUCUGAGGUCCCGCUUCAUUUUCCGGAGCUCCUCGGUAAACCAGGGAGCCCAGUUUCUGCGGGGUCACAGAGGGUGCUUAGGUGCGAUCUCAUUGAUGGCUGCCAGGAGCUGGGUAUUCCAGCCCUCAACAAGCUCAGUCAAUGAGUCGCCAGGGGGAGAAAGGUCCCGCAAGGCUUGACUAUCAGGGAUCUAUCAGGGUCCAUCAGCCUCUGCGGGCGAGCCCAAAUUGGCUCGCCACCUAAGCAGGGUGGGGGUGGAACGUCAACCCUGGCUUUCAGAGCGUAGUGAUCAGACCACGGCACCUUCAUCGAAGGAAACAUGAUCACAUCUAUACCGACGCCAAAGAUCAAAUCCAGCGUGUGGCCUGCUUGAUAUGUGGGGCCCGAAACAAACUGGGAGAGCCCUAGUGUCGCCAUGGAAGACACAAGGUCCAGAGCCUGUGAGGAGGGAGUGGCAUCAGCAUGGAUGUUGAAGUCCCUCAAUACCAAUAGGUUAGGGAACUCCAAGGCCCAGCCGGCCACCGCCUCCAGCAGGUCUGACAGGGUGGCUGCUGGUGCGCUAGGUGGCCGGUACACCAGCCAGACAGCCAAGCUCUCUCGGAGCCCCACACUAGGCCAACACAUUCAAUGCCGGGGAUCGAUGGCGAUGGUAGAGCCCUGAAAGAACAAUCUUCCCGGAUUAAUAAUGCCACCGCUCCCCCCCGGCCCACAGUCCGCGACUGGUGGAGGACGGAGAAACCCGGGGGCGCCAUCUCUCGUAAGGUAACAGUUUCCCCUUCGCGCACCCAGGUCUCCGUCACACAAGCCAGGUCGACCCCCUGCGAGAUGAAGAAAUCCAAUAACUCAUGUCCUAUCAAUUGCUAAAAUGUUGUGCUUUAACUUUUGGUUUGUGGCAGGCUUUUGUUUUUCCCACCCUGCCAGCUAAAACAAGUUGGCUUUGACACAGCUUGCAUCCACACUUGCCCCUUUCUAUGGAAUUGCUGUACAUUUGUUUGUUUGUUUGUUCGCUCUUGUGGAGCAUCAAACUGUCCGUUCCAAAACAUUGCAUUCCAGCAUUAUCCCUGCUUUCCCUCUUGUGUUUUCCGUAUCCUUGUCCUGGACCCACCUGGUUCGUGGCAUGUUCAAAAAGAUCAGUUGCAGUAGGGCUAGGGAACCUGUGGCCCUCCUGAUGUUGGGACCCCAACUCAAGCAGCACAAGACAACAUUCCCAGUGAUCAGGAUGAUGGGAGUUGUGGUCCAGCAGUAAUUGGGGAGGGGACCAGGCUCCCUACCACUGCUGUGUGGUACAGGGAUGCCGGUGAAGUUCCCAUCAUCCUUGACCCUUGACCAUGCUGGCUUGGACUGAUGGACGUUGGGAGUUCAAUAGCAUCUGAGCAGCAUCAUGACGGCCACCCCCAACGUCAACAGCAAAAAUGUGGUUGAGGGUUUUCAGGGCUCCUGUGCCAUUAAAUAAUUUCCUGCUUGCUGGGUCUGCCCAUUUCUUUUAUUCCUGUUGACUAGUACCCCAGCAAGCAGGAAACUUUUAAUGAAUGUUGCAAAGGACCUUUGCUGAAUGGGACUAGCUUUUUAGUAAGCACCAUAACAGGUUCUUGGCCAUAAGGAAGGAUAUUGCUGGGUAAUAUAGAUCUGUCAACAAGUGAUCUGUGGAUCUUCUGCUUUAAUCCCACUUCUAGCUGAUACUAGAAAAAGUAGUGACUUGGUAAUUCAAAAGGGAUAGUAACCAUAAGCCACCUGUGAGGAUACGCUGAAACUGUCUUUGGGGUGAAGUUGCUUCUCUUGCCUAAAUAUCACUUCUGGAGCAACCAACAGUCUGCCAUUUUUUCCCUUUCAGUGGAAGAAAUGUGGGCUAGCUGCCCCAAGCGGAGGGGGCGUUCUCCAUCCCGCACGCGACGUUCUCCAUCCCGCACGCGACGCUCCCGGUCCCGCCAGCGCAGUCGGACUAGGAAUGUCGCUGCCCAGCCGCUGGCAAUCCCUGUACCUCUGGAGCAGGUGAGUUCACUGCAUAUGCUAUGGAUAUGCACAGAAACCCAACAGCUGGAAACCAAAGUUCCACUUUGGGUCACUUGGAGGAAGUCUGCCCUAUGGAUUAGACUCGAGCAAAGGCGGGCAGGGAGAGAACAAGAAAAGAUUAGCCUCCUGUUUCCAAGCACAGCACUAGGAAUUGGUUUUCAAAGGAUUUGCCCCUAACCCCUUUUACUUUGACUCUAAUUAAUCAAAGUGGUAGCAUCGGAACUCGGAACCCCUUUUUGAUUCUAUCAAUUAUUACUAACGUGAGUGGGUGUAUUAUGUGCGAGGGGACCUGGAACCAAAAAAAGGGGGGUAAAAGUAAUAGUGGAUAGGAGACUGAAGCAAUCCUCCCUCUUCCUGAAAAGCGAGAUGAGCUUUUGCUCACCUUUGGCUGGACUUAACUGUCCAGGGCUCUUUGUCCUUUAUAAACUUCCCAAAGCAGCAGGGGUGCACAUGCAUGUUGUCAGGGAGCCCUGACAGCAGAAUGGGUGUUAAGCCUGGCAUCCCCAAACUCAGCCCUCCAGAUGCUUUGGGACUACAACUCCCAUCAUCCCUAGUUAACAGGACCAGUGGUCAGAGAUGAUGGGAAUUGUAGUCCCAAAGCAUCUGGAGGGCAGAGUUUGGGAAUGCCUGUGUUAAGCUGAAGCGGCAAAGAAUUGGGCUCCCAAGACACAAGGAGAACACACAGAAUUCUAUCAGGGAGAUUAGUUUGUGAGGACAAACUUCCCCCGACCCCAAUUCCUCCUUUCAUCUAUAAUUUUUUUGAUGUGUCACUUUAUUCAAUUAAGGAAAGCAGGAACAAGACUGAAUCGUGUGUGUUCUUUUGCAAAUCUGAGCUGACAGUUCAAAGCUCCUGUCCCAGUUAUAGCAUGGGAAUAGGUGAGCCCUUCAGUUCAGCAGGACUCAUCUUCUGUUAGCUUGCAUAGCUUCUUUCACUUAGUAUAAUGGUGCAGUGCUUUGCAUAAUUUAGAUUUUCUAGGAAGGGUGAGGGGAAGGAGAUGUACAAGGUUGAAAUCUCUCUCCCUCCAUGGAAACCUUAACUCAACACACACACACACCCGGUGUGUGUAUAUUUCAAGCCACAGGGACUUAGGAACCAUAGGGUGAAAAGUACUUUUUGUGUAUUUUUGUGGAAUGGUGGCAUGAGACUAGGGCCAGCUGCAUGCUGUCUGUCAUCACAGUGCGGAAUGCAGUGUUUUGUUGCAAACAGACCUCUCAUGGCUAAAAUGUUAAGUUUUAGGGUUUAGAAUUAUGCAUGCCAAUGCAAUAAUUUUGCAUUGGUAGCCAAUACAAAAACAAAACAAAAUCACCUUCUUGUAAACUUAAUUGAUUCAUAUAACAGUUUAAAGUUCUUGAGAGAAGAUGACUUUUAAAAAAUGUUGACACAGUACUGCAUUGCUGCAGUCCUACUGCAGCCGGUGGUACAGCUUCUAACUUGGGAGUCCAGUGCAGAUUCUGAGAAACAAGGUUCUUGCAGCAUCAGUUCAGAGACCCUUAAACAUUUGGGGCAGGGACUACUCUAUGACCAGGCUUCAAUCUAGUGUGUAGCUGUGGUAAUUAAACAGCAGAGGAAGCAAUCCUGGAAUCUCAGGCAUGUUUUCAGUACUCUUUUAGCAUAUCUCUGCUAUGUGUAAUUUGCCUUUCGAAUGCUGCUCACAAUGCACUGGAAGUAAUGUAGUUUUCUAGCUUCGAAAAUCCUGUUUUUUGUCUUAUAAUGGUUCAAAAAGCAGGACCACAAAACCAAAGGUGCUCAGAAGGGCACUUUAAGCCAAAUCUCUCACUUGUUGCAGGCUCUGCAGUGCAGCCUUCGGAGCCAGAGAUCCUUGGAAGUGCCUCGCCCUCCAAUCCAUCAUUAA